UCAGGAUGCCUAGCGACAGUAGAAGAUAUGUAAAUGGAAAGCUGCACGGCUCGGAUUGCGGAGGAUGCUGGAGAACAAGACGACAGAUGCGUAUCGCCCGCUGUGGGAAUAUAAACUAAGAGCAAGUUUAAAGGACUCGCUUUGGAGGAUUUUCCCAAGCGGUUGCGGAUGGAGAUUGAGCAUUAGUGGUCGUUAUGAUCCGGAGGCUGAUCAUCACUCGUUUUCGCAUAGACAAUGAUGACAAAUGCAAGAGGGAUGGAAGAAUUGUGAACUUGAAUGAGUGGAACCAAUUGCAAAUUACAACCUGUUAGUUGAAUACCAGGCAGCGGAAGCAUCCAGCAGACAUUUCUCAUAAAAAGUGUGAUGGGACAGAUGGUGAGGCCUUUGUAACUGCAGUGAUUUCUUUGGAAGAAGCUUAAAAGAAUGCAGAAACAAUGAAAAUGAUGGGCUGUAGGACUCUGGCUGGGCCUGAGGGCCAAAACCUUGUUCUAGAAUAAAGAUAGGAGGAAAAGAAAAACAUCAGCCCUUAACCAGCAUCUGCAAAGACUCCCCUGCCUCCUUCCUCAUGGCUUGACCUCCAUGCUGUGCUGUGCUGAAGAUCUUUCCCUGGAGGGCUGUUUCUCUGACCUUAGCACAUGGAUUUCAAGACUUCAAAUGAAGAGACAAAGACUGGGAUUUAUUUGCUUCAAGAUGGUAGCGAGGAGCCUUUCAAUAUCCGUCUGCACCUGGCCAAAGAUCUUCUCACCAUUCAAGAGCAAGACGUCAUCUGUGUGUCUGGAGAACCGUUCUACUCGAGUGAAAGAACAGUAACGAUCCGUCGGCAGACAAUCGGAGGGUUUGGGUUGAGCAUCAAGGGUGGUGCCGAACACAAGAUCCCUGUUGUUAUAUCUAAAAUAUCAAAAGAACAGAAGGCUGAGCUUUCCGGACUUCUGUUUAUUGGAGAUGGAAUUCUCCAGAUAAACGGCAUUAACGUGAGGAGUUAUCGUCAUGAAGAAGUGGUGCAGGUUCUGCGAAAUGCAGGUGAGGAAGUGACUCUGACUGUGUCUUUCCUGAAGAGGCCGCCUGCAUUUCUGAAGCUGCCGCUGUGUGAGGACUGCUUAUGUACGUCUGGGAUUGGACACGCAAUAUUCACCGGUAUACCAAGUGACCAGAGCAGUGGAACAUCGUCUCCACUGUGUGACAGCGGCCUACAUCUGAACUACCAUCCCAACAACACAGACACAUUGUCUUGCUCAUCUUGGCCGAUGUCUCCGGGGUUGCGCUGGGAGAAGAGAUGGGUGGAUCUUCGUCUCAUACCUCUCUUGCAUGCACGUCUGUCCCAGUACAUCCCAGGUUCUGACAUUUGCAGGCUAAAUGCCUUUCAAGUUAUUGCUGUGGAUGGGGUGUGCAGCGGGGUAAUUCAGUGCCCCAGUACUGAUGAAUGCACCGAAUGGCUGCAAGCAAUAGCUUCAAACAUUUCUGCCCUCACCAAGCACAACGUGAAGAAGAUCAACAGAAACUUUCCAGUAAACCAACAGAUUAUAUUUAUGGGCUGGGUGGAUGAGAAGGAACAAGAUUCUGUUCAGGACCGAAUGUACACACCAAAGUUUCUUGCCUUGAGGGGUUCGUCUCUCUUCAAAUUCUCUGCACCUCCAGUCACCACCUGGGACUGGACCAGAGCCGAGAAGAGCUUCACCGACUACGAGAUCAUGUUCAAGAUCCUGAAGGACAUUGAGCUGGUGGACAAGCGGAAGCACUGCUUCAGCGUUCAGACGGACUCGGGUGAGGACAUCUUCUUCAGCGUGGAGCUGGAAUGUGAGCUGCUUCUGUGGGAGAAAGCCUUUCAGAUGGCCACCUUCUUCGAAGUGGAGCGAAUACAGUGUAAAACAUACGCUUGCAUCAUGGACAGUCAUCUCAUGGGACUCACCAUCGAUUUCAGCAUGGGCUUCGUCUGCUUCGAUGCUGCCACAAAGGCAGUGCUGUGGAGAUAUAAAUUCUCUCAGCUGAAAGGUUCAUCAGAUGACGGGAAGAGCAAAAUCAAGUUCCUGUUCCAGAAUCCAGACACAAAACUUAUUGAAGCAAAGGAGCUGGAGUUCUCCAACCUCUUCGCGGUCCUCCACUGCAUCCACGCUUUCUUCGCCUCCAAAGUGGCUUGUCUGGAUCCCAUGUUCGUGAGCAGCCGAAACACCACCAUGGUGUCGGCCACUUCCACCUUAACCGCCCCGUCACAGAUAUCCAAGCUCAAAUACACGAGCUGACAGACUCCAGUGACCUAUCUUCUCCUUCCAGACUUUGAGAACGUAGGCUGAGAGGAACCAGCACUGAUGAAACGAGUGGACAUCCACUUUAAAACAAACAAUUCAAGUAUGUGACAUUGAAAACCUGGCUAUAUCCUCCCUCCAGACAGGAAUCAGACUCAAACGUGAACGUGAGCUGGAUGAAUUUAGAACAUUUUUGCAUCAAGUUUCCAGAUGAAAAUCUUUGAGCUGUGGUUGCCAGGUCAUUCGAAAAAUGGACUCUUUCCUUUUGAUAUUGCGGUAUAUCUGUUUGCAUUCAAAUGAUAUUAACACUUCUUGGUGUGUACUUUUAGAACAUUAUUUAAUCUGGUUAUUGAUUGGAAUGGACCUGUUGCGAAAGUGCAUCAUCUUCUAGCGCUGCGUUUUCUCAAAAAGUUAACAAGAACAAAACCAGCCAUCUGAAAUCUACACUUACACAAAAACAAACUUCUGAAUGUUUGAUAGCUAUCCAAUAUUGGCAGCGCAGAAGCUGUUAUUUUGGUCCAGAAUGUUUUUAAUUCACUUAAAUUGAACAUCAGUUUUUAAAUCAGUUGAAAAACUAUUAAAAUGGCGCCCCGUCUGACUACCUAGAGAAACAGACUGGAGAAUGUGGGACUUAUUUUCAUAUUCCUAUUUUGAUACUUUAUUAAAGGAUGAAUCAUGUAAGUGAAGAUGAACUGGAAUUGUAUGACGUGACUGUAUGAUGCACAUUUGAACUUUCUCAAGGGAACGACAUGCUAAUCAAUGAAGUGAUUGUCUUUUUUUUUUUUUUUGCCAGUAUCUAAGAUACAUAUAUUAGUGUAUAACUAGUCAUUUUGCAGUCAAAAUAUGUCACUCUUUUAACCUGAUAAAGUCAACAUGAAAUGAAAACAGACCCUAUUUACUGAAAAUUAGUGCUGUCAAAUGAUUACUCGUGAUUAAUCGCAUCCAAAAUAAAAGUUUCUGUGUGUACAUAAUAUAUGUAUGUGUGUACUGUGUAUAUUUAUUAUGUAUAUAUAAAUACACACACAUACAGUAUAUAUUUUGAAACUAUUUACAUGUAUAUAUUUAUAUUCCUAUAUUUAAUAUAUAAACUUUUUUCUGAAAUGUAUAAAUGCAUGUGUGUAUUUAUAUAUACAUAAUAAAUAUAUACAGUACACACACAUAUUAUGUAAACUGAAACUUUUAAUUUAGUUGUGGCAGCGUUUAUGAAUUUUUGUCAAUAUUAAAAAAAAGGUUAAAUAUAUUUUACAGCGUCCUUAUAUUUACUAUGAAAAAAAAGCAUAAUUACAUGCAACUAACCCUAAACCAAACCCUCAUCCUAACCCUAACCAUACAGCGAGUACAUGUAGUUUAUUAACAUGAAUCAAUAUUAAACGUAUAAUUACACUGCAACAAGGACACCUUAAAAUUGUGUAACCAAAAAAACAACUGUUCAUGUCAGUUGAGGUUCAUUAAAUAAUAUUAACUUUGAUUUGAAAACUGAAUUAGUAAAUGUCGAAAUUAACAUUUAUUAAGAUUGCUUUAGAAUUAUUUGUCACUUUUUAUUCAGAUAAAUUCAUAGAAACUUAUUGUAAAAUGUUGCCAUUUAAAUUAAUGUGUCUGUUCAUUAUUCAGAAAAACAUUGGCUUUAUUUUUUUGGUCGUUAGUUCAAUUAUUUAGAUGUUUUUAGGUAACUGCUGUACUAUAGAUUUAUGCAAUUAACACGGUACAUUUCAUUUAAAUGCUGGUUAACAGGAGGUUAUUAAACAAAAAACAAA